AUGGUGGUAGCGACAUCAUCUCUCCCCCUUGAGGAUGAGCAGAUCCACCAGCUGAUGCACGCUGCGCAACGCGGUGACCUUCUCCAGCUCAAAUUGCUUCUUUAUGGCGUAUCCCCCGACAUCAGAGACAGUACGGGCCGAACCGCCUUCUCCUGGGCGGCUUCAUACGAUCUAACCCAAUCACCGGAGACAUACAACAGUCGCAGCCUUGUGUUGCAGUUCCUCCUCGACCGAGGGGCUAGCCCCGAUCUUGCAGAUUACCAUGGUGAAACCCCGCUUCAUUGGGCUGCCAAAGCGGGCGACUACCGCAUGGUCGCCUUGCUCCUGCAAAAAAAUGUCGAAUGCGACCUGCCAGACUCGCGAGGCCGCACGCCAUUGUCUAGGGCGGCGGAGCGAGGUUAUUCUCGUGUGGUGGAGGUCUUGUUGACGAAGGGCAAAGCUGAAGCGGACUAUAAGGACGCGCGAGGUCGGACGCCACUAUCGUGGGCUGCGGAGAAUUGGCAUUUAGAGACAGCAAGCAUUCUGGUGAAUCAUGGCGCUGGCGUGGACAUCCACGACAGAGAGGGACAGUUACCUUUGUGGUGGUUUAUCAGUAACACGGUCAAACGAGCAGCGAUGGAGCAGCAGUAUCAGUCCGGGAAAAGGGACUAUCUUCAAAAAUGGCUCACUUUACUGGGGCCCAGGCAGGGCGUCGAGCCUAUGACGAAAGCUCGGAGAACAUUCCUCUCCUGGGCCUGCGAGAAAGGCGAUCAAGAACUCGUUACGCAUCUACUGCAGACCGUCUGGGCUGACCCUAACUCCAUCGACCGGUAUAGGAAGACACCCCUGAUCUACGCGCUAGAAUGGAACCACUACGAGAUUGCAGACAUGCUCACCUCUGGGGUUGAGGCGGGAACAACCUUAAAAAGGGACAUUGUCUCCCUGCGCAUUAUGAUCCAGGAAGGUCGGUCUCGUCUUCUCAAGCCCUUUCUUGAGAGAUACAAGCCGAGCCUGGAAAAUGAGGACGAAUACAACUCUAUUCCUCUGAUGAGGAUAGCGCUGCAGCAGGCCGAUCGGGCAACGGUAGCAGUCCUCCUAGAGCACCAAGCCAGUAUCCAGGGUCUCGAGAACACGGACUGGUUCGGUCCUUGCAGCACCGUCAAGUCCUCGACAGACUUGGUUUUCCUGAAUGAUGUGCGCACGGGACACGGCCACAAUUCGAUUCCGUUGAUGAAGAUGGCCAUACAGGAGGGCGACCGUGCGGCAGUGGCGGCGUUAUUGGACCGACGUGAAAAGCUCCUCAGGAUUAGAGAAGAAGAAGACGACGAUAACAGCGAUCUCGGACAGCGCAGCAAGGAGGUCACUGCAGUGGCUGUUGACAUUGCGGUCGUCCGUGAUGGGAUUAAGACAGCGCAGUGGCUUAUUGACGGUGCAUUGGACACGCAUAUCAGAAAUAUGCCAAAGACGUCAGACGAAACUCAUCUGAUUCACGAUGAGGGCAAAUACCGCAGCUAUGAGAAUGGUACCUUCCGAACAAUUGAAUGGGCGGUCCUCGAAGUCCCUCCGAAAGCGAUACAUUACUUCAGUAAUCUCCCGUUCGGUUGGGUUCCCAAGAAUGACUUGGAGUUCAUUCAGUUAUUCAUGCAGACAUGGAGAGAAGACUGGAUGAAUUUCUGCCGAGAUGCCAGAAGUGUUCUGAGCCGCCUUCGCUCCCAUCAACUGAACGCUCGGGGCAAAGAUGACCUCUUAAUUGAUGCAGUAGCCGAGAAUAUGCAGCAGUGGACCCGGAUUCAAGGGACGCUGGAGGAACAGCUCAGCCAGGCGCGUCACUUUGUCUCGCAAUAUCAACGUUACAGCGAAACUCGUCGGUUCAGAAUUUGCUUGGGUCUCUAUCAACGAAGCACAUCGGUCAACCAGCCUGGCAACGAGCCUGAAGCGGAUCAGCUGGAUUACUUUCGUCUUUCUCCCGCUUACGUUCGCAUCCAGCCUGUUCGGAAUGAACGUGGAUCUACUGAAAGACGAUCCGUCCUGGAGAUGGUACCCGCUCGUUGGCGGGGUAUUGUUACUUUUGACAGUCGUUGCAUGGCUAUCGUCCAAGUUCGCCAACGUAGGAAUCCGUUGUCCCACAUUGUGGGUACAGAAUGCUGA